AUGACGUCGUAUGGAAAAGGACAAAAUGCGUUGGGUCAUUUGCGAAGCGGAGAUGUUCACGGGUCCAAUUUGAGCUUUGAGCAGCUCUACCUGAAAAGCUGGCUAAUGAAGGCGCUGACAAAGAGCAAUUACACUUGGCAAUCGAAGUUGCAGGAAGCAGCGUUGCCGAGUGUCUUGACUGGGAAAAAUGUCGUCAUUCAGUCUAAAUCCGGGACUGGAAAGACGCUCGUUUUCUGCAUCGCGAUCCUGGAAAAAGUAAACUUUGAAUCAAACCGAAUCCAAGCCGUCGUUUUGACUCCAACACGAGAAAUCGCUCUCCAAAUCCACGCAACUCUCUGCUCCCUUCUCAACUCCAAGACGCAAGUUCUUCUGGCAAUCGGUGGCGAUUCCAUGGUCAGUCAAAAGCGCCAACUUCACCACAAGAAGCCGCAGAUUGUCGUUGGCACUCCGGGAAGAACGCUGGACUUGGCUUCGCGAGGAGCGCUUCAUAUUUCAAGCACGGAAAUUUUGGUCUUGGACGAAGCUGAUCAAUUGCUUUCUGUGAGGGAUUUCAUGCAUCAAUUGAAAAACAUCCGAGAUGGCAUGCUCGUGAAAAAGCUCCAAACAAUCUGCACUUCAGCUACUUUCCCCGAUGAUUUGCCAAAGAUGCUCCACCAGCUGAAGUGCCACGAGCCAAUUAUGAUCCGCUCAAAGAACCGUGACCGAACUCAAGCCUGGGAGCAACUAGUCGACAAGAACACGACGAUUCUAGUCGCCACAGAUCUUGCCUGCCGCGGGUUAGAUUCCCACCACGCCGACUUGAUCAUCCACAUUGAUCCGUCAAAAGACAAUGCGAACAUGUCCCAUCGAGUUGGAAGAUCGGGGCGUUUUGGCGGACAUGGGGAGUCGAUUCAAAUCGCGAUCAACAACGCUGAUUUGGAGAGAUACAAGGACUUCGCGAGGUUUAUGAAGUAUGACGAAAUCGUUCACAUGGAUCAGCAGAAAUUGGUUAAAACGAUCAACGAUCGCUUGGAAUCUGGACACAAGAUCAAAGAACAGGAAAAAGAGCAUUUCAAGGGACCAGAAGAAACGAUUGAAACGGAAGCUAUUCAAUUAGAAAUGCCGCAAAUUGAAAUAGAAAAAGCGGAAAGUCCGGAAAAGAGUUUGAACGGGUUACUAAAUGUUGGUUCUUCUGGUGAUGCGAUUAUUCUGAAGAUCGGAGAAAAAGAGGAGGACGAGAGGGAGGAUGAAGAUAAUGGUGGUGUUCCGAUGAUCGAAGAAUCCAAGCCUCACGAUGCCGCGGAUCAAAGCCUGAGCGACUGCAUGAGUUCCAGCGAAGCAGUAAAGUUAAGUCCAAUAAGCAAACCAGGUCCAAUAAGAAAACCUGUAAAGAAACGACUGGACUUUCAAACACCCUUCGCUCGGGGAGGGAGAAAUCGAAGCACGGAGAAUCGGAUCCCGCCGAUUUGGGAGACGCUCGGUGUUCCUCGGCCGAGGGUGGAAAAUUCGGCGGAAGCGGAUACGGAAAAGUUGCUCGAUUCGAUUGACAAGAUGACGGAUGAGGAGUUCAAGGAGUGGAGGAGAACGGUCAAGCCAAGGGGAGAAAAAGAAUGGGAAAAGGAAGAUUAUGAGGAUGAAGAUGAGGUAGAAACUCUCGAUUCUAGUGAGGCCGAAAGUAGCUCCGAAAAAGAUUAUGAGAAGGAAGAAGAAGUUGACGAAGAGAAAAUACCAGAAAAGCUAAUGCCAAAAGCUAUCCAAGACGAUUUCGAUUUCGGCAUCAUUCAAAGAGAAUCAGAAGCUUCUAAAAAUUCAGAAAUCUCCGAUUCUGAAUUGGAAGAAAGCACCAGUUGCUCUGACGAGGAUGAUGAUGAUCAUGGUCAAGAAAUCGAAGAGCACGAAAAUUCGAAUAUCUACCCUGGUGCAUUUUACAAAGGCCAGCAAGAGUCCCAAAAGAACACUUACAAUAUCGAAGUCAGAAUUGAUGAUAUCAAUUGGACGCAUUCAAAUCUGUGCGGACGGCUGAGAAUUCGCGGCUUGACGGAGAAAAAUCCAGAAAUCGAGACUUUCUUUACGGGAGAAAUAAUUGGGAAAAAGUAUUCGUUCUUGACGCGCAAAUGGGACGUCGAUUAUGGAAAGGACAAAUCGCAUUGGAGCAAGUUUGAAGAAUUCAAAUGCUUCAAGGAAAGUUUCAACAACGACGACUUUGAUCAUUCGAAGGUGGAAGAGUCGCCAGCGCUGUUUAUGAGGUGGAAGGAGCAGUUUUGCUUGCCGGAUCAUAGGGUUAAGGAUAUUGAAGGUGCCUCGUAUGAAGGGUUUUACUACAUCGCCCUGUCGAAAAGUACCGGCGCCAUCCGUGGCUAUUACUACGCCAAGGACUCCGAGCCCGAUCAGCUGUUAACCCUACAAUUGGAAAAGAAAAACUCCUCUUCUGCAUUUCAAUUUCUGUAA